GGGCUCGUGCACGUCACAGCGGGCACACGCACAAGGAAGAAGAGCCAAUAUGGAGCCCAACGCCACCAUCCUGCGUGUCAAGAGAAAGCGGGGAACCGACCCCGCGGACUCCUUGCUGCUCGCCUGCAAGCGUAUCCGACCGGCGGAGACGUCCCAGGGCACCGGUGAGGUGGUCCCGGAGCCCGGCGAGGACGAAGUAGAGAAGUCCGUCUUCAAGCUCGUGGCCACCGUCGCCACUCAGGAUGCUCCCGUCCAGACACAGGUCCGCCAGGCGCUGGCCCGGCCCCGCGUGGCCCACGCCCUGCGGCCCUCCGCCAACAGUUCGCAGCGCAUCUUCGGAGACCUGCGGAGCGCCAAGUGCGGCGUUCGCCGGGACGAGCGCUACAGAAUCCUCUCCAGCCACCGCGCCGGUCUGUCGCCCCUAGCUCCGCCCCGGAACCAGCGGGCGGGCGACGGCGUGGAGGACGGCGGCGGAAAGAAACUGGACAAAGGUUUGGGGGAAAUCCAGGUGGUGGACCUGGUGCACGAGGAUCUACCAGAGCAGGACAAAGCUCUGGGCAAGUCCUCAGACCCCGACGUGAUCCUGUGCAACAACACCAAGAUGCUGCGAGAGCGCCUCAGCAUCUCCACGGCGGAGCAAGACCAGGACCAGGAGGACGACUACGUGUACGACCUGUACUACCAGGACAUGGUGGCGCCCGGCUGGAUCCAGGACAUCCUGUCCGUCAGGGCCUACGCCGAGGAGGGCGAACUGGUGCCCGACUUGGUGACGCACGAGGAGGAGGUGUACGAAGACGAGGACGACGAGAACGAGGAAGGAAACUGGAGGAACGACUACCCCGACGAGGACAGCGACGCGGGGAGCGACCGGGAGGAACGCUAUGGCGGCCACUGGGAGGAGGAGCACUCUUACAGCCGCCGGAGCUGGCAGCGCUACCAGGGCGAGGUGCUGCGUGAGCUCAGUCGCCACGACGACGACGACACAGACGGGAGCAAAAACGAUUCGGAUUGAUCCCGCGCGGUGAGAUGCGUGCGGACGAGCCGCGCUGGCCUCCGACUCGCUUCUAGAAAGCGUAGCAAACUCUGACGUGCCAUUGAUGACAAGAUGCUAACAAUCAUUCCCUCUGACAUCUCAGACUCACAAUGGACGUCCUUUCUAUUUUUUUAAAGCAGCAGUGGAGUGUCGUGUGUUAGAAGUGUUGCAGUGCGUGAUAGGCCUCGUAUGCUCUGUGCCAUGCUUUUCUUCUUUUUGCUUCAGGCGAGCGUGUGAUUGUUGUCGUGGGGCCGCCAGUGUGGGUUGAAACUUUUUUUGUUGUUGUAAAUAUGUAGAUGUGUAUAAAAUAAAAUACAUGUAAACAAA